GAUUGUCCAAUCUGUUUUGAAGAGUUAUGUUCCAAUUCUGGUUAUGAAGAAAAUAAAGCCAGCAGUGUUGUUUAUAAACUUGAUAAGUGUGGACAUGUAUUUCAUAAGAGUUGUCUGGCUGCAAUGUAUAACAGUGGACCAAAGGAUGGUAGUUUACAGUGUCCUACAUGCAAAGCAAUCUAUGGUGUAAAGCAUGGUAACCAGCCAGCUGGUAGUAUGGACUAUCAUGUUAUACCAUAUUCAUUACCAGGAUACAGAGAAUCAGAGACAAUUAGAAUUAUUUACAAUAUUCCACCAGGAACACAGGGUCCAGAACAUCCUCAUCCAGGUAAAAGAUACUCUGCUCGAGGAUUUCCACGUCAUUGUUAUCUACCAAAUAAUGAUGAAGGCAGAAAGGCCCUGCGUUUAUUGAUCAUUGCAUGGGACCGACGUCUUCUCUUCACCAUUGGAACAUCAGCCACUACCAGUGAACCCAACACUGUGACUUGGAAUGAAAUACACCACAAGACAGAAUUUGGAUCUAAUUUAACUGGUCAUGGUUAUCCAGAUCCCCAGUACUUGGAUAAUUUACUCAUGGAAUUAGGCACACAGGGAGUUACUGAGGCAGACUUAUAAAAAAACAUGUGUAACUGUUAUCUGCAAAUCAUACGUAAACACCAGGAACCUGUUCUUGGAGUAGUCAGUGUGGAAUUCCUGCAGCUUUUAUGGGACAUGUGUGUGGAAACUAGAAGUCACCCACUUCUAUGAAACAAAUAAUAAAGAAACCAUCUUGGCAACAUCGUGUGUGAUAAUGUAAAACAUUGUGCAAUUUUUUUUCGGCUCAUUUGCAUAACUGCUGAUAAUAGCAGUUUGUAUCAUGCAUGGUACCAUCUAUAGACAGUAAAUUGAAAACUAUUACGGCGUAAUAAUGUAGACAAAUAUAGCAUUUCAUUUAAUGUUAUCUGAGUUUUUAGAUAUACAGAAUUUUAAUUCUACGUAUUUCAUCAGCCACUGUGUCAAUGUUUGUUUCAAAUUGAUAUUAACAUCCUAUCAUUAUUCUAUGAACCAGAGGUUUAAUCACUGCAAGACGAUUUGUUACUUCUAUGAAACAUUAAAGGAGAGAUAGCCUAGAAGCCAGAAUUUUCAUUCAACCAAUCAACUGUACAGUGAAUAGCUAACUGCAUCGUUACUCAGCGUGGCACCUCAGCAUUAAUGGAGUGGCAUAUAGACAAAAGAAUGCUGCAUAUAGAAAAGGGAAUGCAUUUUGUUAAUGCAGUAUAUAAUUAUGUGUUAUACUACAACAAGGUGCAUGUAGUUUCAAUCAUUUUUAUUUUUUAAAUAGAUUGUUGUUGAAUUGUGUUAUAUACAUGUACAUAUCUGCAUGUAUUCCUAGUCUGUAUUUCGUGAUGUGUUGUUUUGUGGUAUAACUACUGGUAGUUAUAGUGUGUACUAAAACUUGUAUACUGGAACAGUUUCUGUACAGACAUCUUUCUGAUUUAAUAUUCACAUUUCUUUUGUUUCAUUGAUUGGACAGUAUUUAGACAAAAUACUGCCCUCAC